CAGUUUUGUUAAUUGCAAAAUGCAAAAAAAAUGCCACGAAAGAUAAAUAAAUCGAGUUUUUAUGCCAAUUGAAAGCGAUCAACUAUAAAUUCCCACUCGACGACAAGAUGGAGAAGCGCCAGAGGGAGCUGGAGUCCCUGGUUAGCACGCAGAAAGAGCAGCUUACGCGUUACGAGAAGAGGCUCAAAGAUGUGGUUACCGCCUACAAGGGUCUGAUGAAGGAGAAGGAAGCGUUGGAGACAAGUUUGACGGCGCAUGCAGAGGCCACGGCAGCCACAGGCACAGGCUCACCCGCCAAGGUCACAGAUCCUGCCAAUGUGAAUGGCACCGCCAGUGCAGACGCCACGGAUGCGGCAGACUCCAACCCCUCAGCUGAGGGACAACUGCAAACUCAAAUCAUUACGCUGAUGAACUCGCUGGCCACCCUGUCGGCCGAAAAGUCUCGCAUGGAGGCCUCCUUCCAGGCGGACAAGAAGCAAUUGCGCAGCCAAAUAGCCCAAAAGGAGCAAAGCAUACAGGAGCUUCAUGCCAAGGCAAAGGAGCAGGCAGCCAAGGCCAAGGCCGAUGUAGAUGAAGUGAAAGCCAAGUGGAUCAUAGAGCGGCAGGAGCGGGAGAAGGAAACCAACAAUCAAAUGCUGAUGAUACGCGAGCUCCAGAAGCUCUAUGCGGACGAGCGACACCUCAAGGACAACAUCGAGAUGCAGCUGAACAACUUUAAGACGCAGUUUGCCAGCAAUGAGGCGGAGAACAGUCGCCUGCGCGAUCUCCAAGCGCAGCUGAAGGAGGCCAGGCAUCAGCUAAAGCAAUUUCAGGCCAAAGCGGAGCAUACAGCCGUUGCCACCAGCACGGACAACGCCUCUCUGCUGCACCAGGUUCGUCAGGAGAUGCAGCAACUGAAGGAACAACAUGCGGUGGCCAUCAAGCAGGAGCAGCGGAGAGUCUUGCGCGCCGAGGAGCAGAGCAGGAAACAGGCGGCGCUGCAUGAGGGUCGUGUGGCUAAUUUGGAGGCACGCCUCGCCGAGCUAAGCACCACAGUGGGCAGCUACGAUCGCCUGCGGCAGCAGGAUCAAGACAGUAUCCAUGCACUCAAGCAGCAGCUGCAGGAUUUGGAGCAGGCCCAAGCCCGUCCGGCACCCGCUUUGAGGACGCUCAGUGAGGAUGUGGAUUUGGCCACUUUGGUGGAUGAAAUUGUGCGUCUGAAGAAACUAUUGACCAGCGCCAAUGCACGCUCUGCCAAUCCCAUCGAUCUCAAUGAGAUUCUCUCCCUGGGCACGUCGGCGUCCGCGUCAUCCGACAGCCAUGUGCACUGCGACCAGCAGCUGCAAGGAGUACAAAAAAUGCUCGAAGCGGGCAAGCAGCAGCGUCAGUUGCUGGAGCAAAAGAUACACCUGCAACAGUCGCACAUACAGACGCUCCAGGAGAAGGUGCAAGUGCUCAAUCGCAACAUUGACGAGUCGGAGCAGGAGCUCAAGCAGCAGGGCGACAAGCUGCGGCAGGCGCUCAAGACGGAGCGCACCAAAUGGCAGGAGGCCAAGGCAGAACUUGAGAACGAAACGCGCUGCAAGCUCAACGAACUGGAGCAGCUGCUGCAAAAGCAGCGACAGCGCUCCCUGCAGCUGCUCGACGAGAAGGAGCAAGAGAUCAAGACGCUGCAGACUUCGUUCGAGGUGUUUCACACAGCUGGCGGCGGUGGUAGCGGUGCCAGUGCGCUGCCAGUAGAACCAACAGCUGCAGAGAGCUAUAACUAUUCCUCCGAUGGGGAGAGCGUGGAGGUGGAGGUUGAACGCGAUCGCAGGCUGCAGGUAAAGUCCAAGAAAUUAUCGCUCGGUGAGAACUGCCACAUGCUGCACUAUGCCAACGAGCUGGCACGCAAGGACAUAGAAAUUACAACGCUGCGCAAGGCCAAAUAUUCAGCCGAGUCCACGCUGCGAAAGGCAAUACAGGAUAAGGUGACAUCACAGCAGGAUAUGCACGAAAAGAUUGAAUGUCUCGAAGAGCAGGUGGACAGACUGGAACGCUGCAAGACGCGUGAGGGCGCCAAUUUGGAGUAUUUGAAGAAUGUCAUCAUUAGCUACAUUCUCACCAGAGACGCCGAUGGCAAGCGGCACAUGCUAAAUGCCAUUUCAGCAGUGCUUCAGUUCACCAGCAGCGAAAUGCAAGCCAUUAAUGCAACAUUCCAAAAGAAAUAAAAUUCGUUUGAUAAAUUGUACAACAAA